CGGAUUCCAAGUUUUAGUUUUGGGCUCAAACGAAUCACGCGCGCUUAUCCUCCCACCGGGAACAGAGGCAAAUUGUGGGCGCCGACGGCUAUCCCGAGAAACUAGGGUUAUUCGCUUAUUAUUCGAUUUCGUUUGAGUUUCAUGGUACAUCUUUCGGUGGAUGUUUAAUGGUAAUAAGUUCUGAGAUCUUGCUAUUAGUUGCAACUCGUAACAAUAUGCGAGGGUUGUGAAAAAAGUGAUAUUGAUCAAGGGAACUAAAGGAAGAGAUGGCGUCAUCAGAUGAUGAAGGUGAAACAGUUGUAAACAAUGUAUCAGAGUAUGAAUUUAUCUCUGGUGAUGACGAGUCGGUUCCCUUCACCGAGUUGCCUGUGGUGUGGAAUAAAGGCGAGACUCAUGAUGGACAGCUACAACAGAUUUUCUUAUGUGGAAAAACGGAUAAUGGGCUUCGGAAAAUUUAUAAGCAGGUUAUAUCUUGGAAGUUUGUUCUUUUGCAUGAGAAGCCUGAGAUAUCAGUGUUAUCAGUAGAGGGUAGCUGGAUCAAGCUUCUGAAGCCAAGAAAAGCUUAUCACGAGAUAAUUAGAACAAUUCAGAUCACAGUGCAUUUCUUACACUUCGUUAAGUGGAAUCCUCAGCGUCCGCAGAAAGCUUUGUGGGACCAUCUUAAUAAAACAUUCAGCAUGUUCGAGAAAAGGCCUUCGGAGGAUGAUCUAGUAAAUCACAAGUGUUUAAUUAAUGAAGCUGUUAAGAGGGAUGAAGCAUUAGCGAACUCCAAGAUUUUGAAUACAUUUCUCGAGGAAAAGCUCAGGAAGAGGAAAUUUUCUAACGAGGAUGUAAAGCCUCCUUUUAUUGUUGAGGAUGUUAAUGGAAAUGAAGACCAGGAGGAGUCUGACACGAUUGAUGAGAAUGCAGAUGAUGAGGAUGGAGAGGAUGAGAAUGGAGAUGAUGAGUCUGAUGAGGAUGAUUGUUUCGACUCAGUCUGUGCAAUUUGUGACAAUGGUGGUCAUAUAUAUAUAUGCGAAGGCAAGUGCAUGAGGUCAUUCCAUGCAACUGUUGAAGAUGGUGAGGAAUCUAACUGUGAAUCUCUGGGCUUCACUGAUGCAGAAUUAGAAGCGAUUAAAAAUGUUCCUUUUUAUUGUAAGAAUUGUGAGUAUAAGAAGCACCAGUGCUUUGCUUGUGGGGAAUUAGGAUCUUCUGAUGAAUCAUCUGGUGCUGAGGUCUUUUGUUGUGUUAAUGGAGCCUGUGGACACUUCUAUCAUCCUCACUGUGUGGCUAAACUUCUCCAUCCUGGCAAUAGAGCUGCUGCAGAAGACCACGAGCAAAGGAUUGCUGCUGGGGAACAGUUUGCCUGCCCUGCUCAUAAAUGUUAUGUCUGUAACGAAUUGGAAGUGAGGUCAAAUCCGGAGUUGCAAUUUGCUGUUUGUCGUCGUUGUCCAAGGGCAUACCAUAGAAAAUGUCUGCCAAGUGAUAUUCCAGGUGAAAAGGAUUUGGACGAGGCAGGAGAAAUCAUACAAAGAGCUUGGGACGGACUGAUUCCCAACCGUAUUUUGAUCUACUGUUUAGAACAUGAGAUCGACCCGGAUUUUGCCACCCCUGUUAGGGACCAUAUAAAAUUUCCAGGUCCUCAGCAAAAGAAACUGAAAAAGCUACCAUUUGAAUCUAGCAAAAAGAAGGAUCUGUCGAAGGAAAGAACUUCAGCUUUGGAAAGUAAUGUGGGGAAACGAGUUUCCGUAAAACCACCAAAAGUGUUUGACAAGGUGUCUUCAAGCGCAAAGCAAGGUGAUCUCUCAAGAAAAAGAGUGGAGAAAUUGCCUGCUCAGGAGUAUUCCAAAAAGCAGAAAGUGGAUUCAAACAGAAAUGAUCUUGAGAAGUCAAAAGAAUCUGCAACUGAUGAAGGGGAGAUAUCUUUAGGCCAUAGGUUAUAUGCCACCUUUUGUGGCCUGGAUUCAGGACCAGGGAAAUCUAGCAGGGGGGUAAAUGUUCUUAGUAAACCUGAGAGAACGCAGAAGGCCAAGCCUGUAGCAAAAACUGUAAAUGAUACUUUGACUCUUGAUGCUGAUACCAGAAAAAGAAUAUUGACUUUGAUGAGAGAUGCUUCAUCCUCAAUAACACUCAAUGAAGUUAAAAGAAGGCAUAAACCACCAUCUACACAUUCUCAAUAUUCAAAAUUUUCUGCAGACAAUAUUACAAUGGGGAAAGUGGAGGGUGCUGUUCAGGCUGUUCGUGCGGCACUGAAAAAAUUGGAUGAAGGUGGCAGUGUUCAGGAUGCCAAAGCAGUCUGUGGCAAUGAUCUACUUGUCCAGUUGUUGAGAUGGAAAGAGAAGCUGAAAGUAUAUCUUGCUCCAUUUCUAUAUGGAUUGCGCUACACAUCCUUUGGUCGCCAUUUCACGAAAAUGGAUAAACUGAAAGAGGUAGUUGAUGUGCUCCAUUGGUACAUUCAAGAUGGUGACAUGCUAGUUGAUUUUGCUUGCGGUUCGAAUGAUUUUAGCUGCCUCAUGAAAGAAAAGCUGGACGAGAUGGGAAAGAGAUGCUCAUUCAAAAACUUUGACACCUUUCGGCCAAAGAAUGAUUUUAGUUUUGAACGAAGAGACUGGAUGGGAGUAAAACGAGAUGAGUUGCCAGAUGGGUCGCAAUUGAUUAUCGGGCUGAACCCACCUUUUGGUGUUAAUGCGGCCCUUGCCAACAAAUUCAUCAAUAAAGCUCUUGAAUUCAGACCAAAACUUCUAAUCCUUAUUGUUCCAAGGGAGACACAGCGGUUAGAUGAAAAGGGAUCUCCGUAUGAUCUGAUCUGGGAGGAUGAUCAGAUGUUUGUUGGCAAGGCAUUUUAUCUACCUGGAUCUGUUGAUGUAAAUGACAAACAAAUCGAGGACUGGAACGUGAAUGCACCUGUACUUUAUCUCUGGAGCUGUCCAGAUUGGACGCCCAAACACAAGGCUAUCGCUGAACAGCACCUGUCUGGGGCGCAAAAGAAGGAUCGAGCAGAGGAAAGUCAUGAUGAGAUGCAUGUCCCUGAGCCUUUGCAGGAAUGUCAUAUUCGUGAUGAACUGAUUGUUGACAAAGGCGAAGAUGUACACCAAGAUAAAUCUGAAAAUGGGGAACAAAACGGCACAGUGACUAAAAGUCACCAAGAAGGUUUGCCACAUGACAGCAGUGGCCCUGAAUGGGAUAAGAAUUGCACCCUGGGGAAGAAUCAUUCUGAAGAAAAUUCAAAGAAGUUUGGUGGCAAACGAAAAAAGAAAAGAAAAUCAGAUAAUAUGUUUCUGGAAGACAAGUCUAAAAGGCGCCCUAUCUCCUGCAAUCCGUCACCAAAUGUGCCUGGUCGUAGGUCACUGGAAACAUAUUCACCCAAACAUCUCGAAACUCCAUUGCAAGUUCACUCUGGGGGGAAUGACUUUCAGCGGUACGACCAAAGGAACUUCUCUAGAUAUAGGCCAUACUCUGAAACUGGAUAUAAUGGGAAUCAGGAGUGGCACAACUUGAACGUUGCUGAAACACGUCCAAGUAUGAUAGGCAGGCAUACACAUCUUCCAAGCCCUAUCCAUGACUACGGUUUUAGGGCGAGUGACCGGUGGAUAAGAAGUGAGGAACUGAGUUCUUUUGGUCAGCGAACUGUUGGUCCGUCCUAUCCUGGACCUGGGUUUCCAUCCCCAUAUGGACGACUUAAUCCCGCUGCAGACUCCACUCAUGGUGGGAUGAAUACAUCUGCAAUGCAGCGAUAUGCUCCUCGUUUGGAUGAGCUAAACCACGCACGAAUGAGCAACACGGUUCCUGGCCCACUUAUGCGGGACGCAAGUGGUAGUUAUCAUCCUCCCGCUCCAACACCCCCAUUCCGACUUGGCCCUUUAGGUUUUGCUCCAGGUCCAUACCGCCCCUUCUCUCAGCAGAACUCUUCAGGAUGGCUUAAUGAGUAGAUCUGGAAGGGGGCCAUAGUUGCAUGCGGUCCUCCUCUUGAGAUGUAUAUUCCUUUAGUCCAAGAACGCGACAUUUCAACUUCAAGGCAGCUCUCUUUUGUUAAUAUUUAACAUUGGUAGUUUUAGAUAAGCUCAUUUUUUUCUAUUUUGAUACUUAGAUAGGCUUCAUUUUGCUUGUAUUCAUUGCAGUAGACCAGUGAAAACCUUGGGUGUCCUUGUGCUUGCAGUGCGUUAUCAUAAAAUUGAUGGUAUGAAGCCUGAAAUUGCAAGGGGUAUGUAGCAGGGUAAUUUUUCUGAGUGCCUUGCUCUUGUUGCUCCUAUUUUCUUCA